CUCCUGACGUCACGGCUUCCUGCUAAUGACGUUAUCGUGACACGGAAACAGAACAACAAUCGAGGCUUUCGGGAAAUGCAAGCUAUUGUUGUUGAUCCCGCCAGCGCUCACUCUUCGCCAUUUUCAUUGCCAUUGCGGUGUCCAGCAGGUGGCACUGCUCGGUGACGUCAGACAGCCGGCGACUCAUGGCGCUGUUCACACUGGCACUCUCAAACAAGAAAACUCUCUGGCACACUGAGUCAUUCUACUCUCCACACUCUAUCUUUUUGGCUUCGCAGCCCCUUCACUGGCGGAGAAGACGCAGCUGCAGGCGCACCUGGAGCACCUGGACGGCGUGCGGAAUCCCAUGGCGGCGACCGACGAGCCGCGGUUGGAGGCGCGACGCUACAUCAAGGAAAAGUUCCGCGAACUCGGCCUCCAGGUUCACAGUCAGACCUUCAACACUGUCCUCAAGCCUCAGUAUGUUGAACAAACGGUAUCCGGCGAGAACCUCGUAGGCGUCGCGCCCGGGACGUUGGGCGGUCCAGUGAUGGUAAUCGGGGCUGACUACGACACGCCCCCCCAGAGCUCGCCCCUGGAAGACAACGGUGCGGGCGUGGCUGCUCUGCUGGAGGUGGCGAGACAUUUCAUGCAUGAGACGGGCGCGAACGGGCCCUUUCAGAGACUCAACACGGUCAUAUUUGUUGCUUUUGAUCUGAACGUCAAAGCUUAUGGUAACAGCCACCCUGGUAAGCCUGGUUCCUACCACUUCCUCCACCAGUGGUUGUGGCCUUACAUCAACCAGACGUCUAACAACUUUGCUGGUGCCAUUAUUCUCGACUCCAUCACGAAAUUUAGCUCCGAGUUCGACUCUCAGUACGUUGUUCAGGAGUUCAAAGAUGCGUUUCCCAAGGCAUCUUCGGCCAUCGCUAACUCAGGCAACAAGGGAGAUUUUCUGGCCAUGUUCACCAGGGAGGACUCGCGCAGCAUCAAUUUGGCCAACAUGUUCACGGCCAAUUACGUAAAGGAUCGUAAAGCCAGGAUGUUCAGGCUGCAACCCAUGUCGGUGAGGGAUGGACUGUCCUACGUCGGCGUCCUCAAGAUGUUCAACCACCAGUCGCACCAUCCCUUCUGGUCCUUCAGGCCCUCUGAGGAGCUCGUGCCGUUGCCUGCGCUGCUGCUCACUGACACAGAUGUAUACCGCAUGUCCCAGGACGUCUGUGACAGGCCGUGCACCCCCGCCGCUUUCCUCACAAGGGCACGUGAAGGUUUCAUCACCAAGACCAUCGAUGCAGUUACCAAUACUUUGCUCAGCCUUCAAACUGAAAGAUUGGAUGUCACAGGUGCUGGUGGGAAAUUGGGAGUCACGACCCCCUUCCUACUUAUCGCUUGUGUUACUGUUAUCAGCGGGAUUAUUCGUUAAGCCACAUGAUGACAAAAAUGAUAGAGAAGAGAUAACGCAAAAACUCCACGCCCGAGGAGCCUCUGCAAGGAUUCUGUGGGAGAAUGGGAACUGUAUUGAAGAUAUUUUGCCUGUCUCUUGGCGUUCCUUUUGUGUGUGUGUGUGUGUGUGUGUGGUUAUAUAAAUCGUUUAGUAUGUGUGUGUGUGAUGGAGGGAGGGAGGCUGUAGGUGUGUUUUCGCGUGGGGGGGGGGGGUGAGAGUAGGGUUUUUAAAUGUUUCGACCACCCGCCAUUUCGCCCAAGUUUUUAAAACAAAUAACGGUCAUUUCUCCGAACUUGAAGAGAGGAUUUGCCCGGUUUAUAUCAAAUUACUGCAGUGGUUCCCAACCUAUAGUAAUCGACCAACAUAUAAUAUUCGCCAUUGUUCUGUUUCGUGUCAUCUUUUUAAAUGCACUUAUUACUAGCUAUUGAUAUGUGAGAAAUAAUUAUCUGUAGGUACUGUAUAUAAGAGAAAUCCAGUUUAUUUCGAAGUCAUGAUUUUCAUAUUGCUCUACGGCCCCGUAGUUAGAAACCGCUGCAUUAUUAUAUUAUCAUUACUUGUUAUUACUCUUAUAUACUACGUAAAUUCUGAUAUAGCUGUUCGGAAAACUUUAUUAGCAUUGUAACCAGAGAGGUCGCGGCUUGUCGUCAGCAUAUGCAGUUUUAGCCUUGACCUUGGCCACACUGAGGUCCAAGUCAUUCUUGUGCGAAACUGGAGAAAUUCAUUUUGAAAUUAUUCAUGAUCAACAGGUGUAUAUGUUAAUCGGCUUUGAAUUAUUUGUUGUUCAUUCUCUUGUUAUGAAUAAACUUACUGGGAAAGCCCGAUUGAAGUCAAAAUCAGUGUAUAAAUAUGCAUUUUUUUUUAGGAAAACUAGUUACAUAACAACAACAACAACAACAAAAAACAAGGAAUAGUAGCUCUGACAUAUAGUGAUAAAGGUAUAGAUAGUAAUAAUCAUAAUUAAUAUAACGACGAAUUGUCCGGUUUAGUUGACCGGAUACACCACUUCCCGCAUGUAUUAUGCGAGUGUGUGUGUGCAUGUCUGUGAACUGAGGAUGUGUCUGUGUGUGCGUGUGUAUGUGUACAAAUGUGUCUGUGUGUACGUGCCUCUAUGUACUGUGUCUGUGUGUACGUGCCUCUGUGUACUGUGUAUGUGUCUGUGUGCGCGUGUGUCUGUGUACUGGGGAUGUGUCUGUGUGUGUGUGUCUCAGUGUCUGUACGUAUGAGUGUCUUUGUGUAUUUGCAAAUGUAUAUUUAUUUAUUUUUUCACGAAGAAAGGUAUAUGGAAUCGAAUUGUGCAACGAACAGAUAACUUUACGACUAGUUAUAAAUCUGGAACAGCAUCGGUGGAAAAAAAAUCUAAUUUAUUAAAAUCAUUAUAGUUAGGGAUGAACUAUUAUAAACCAUUCAAAUUUUGGAUUAAGUAUAGCACAUGGUAUGGAAUAAUCUUAAAUGUGCCUAUAUAUAUUAUAUAUAGAUUAGUGUGUGGUUAGUUUUAUAAGUGAAUUAAUGAAUAAAGUGGUAAACAUAAAGGUCUGUGCAUUUCGUUUGUAAGAUAUAAAAAAUAAUGUAUGAUAGAAUAAUGCUUGAUGUAAAAAGGGUGUUGCAGAUUCAGGAAGCAGCAUCAAAUCCCAUUUUUCAUGGAGUGUCAUGUAAUGCAUAUCAUUAUGAAUAAAUGUAUAAAAUAAAA